UACAAACAUCACUGGGGCUCUCGCGCAGUGUUGCGCGCGUGAGUGAAAGUGUGUGGUUAGCCGUGAAGCUAACAGGUUGUGUGUGAGGUGAUUGUAGUAGUAGUAUUAGUAUUAGUAUUGUUGUUGUACCCGGAGAUGGACGCGCUGGCGGUGGUGUUGGACGAGGUGGCGCUGGAGGGUCUGGACGGGAUCACCCUGAGCUCCCUGUGGGUCCGCCUCCAGACCCGGCAGCCCCCCUUCACCCUCAGUCUGGACCCCCGGACCCGGGACUACCUGUGGAGGUUCCUGGUGUCCAGUCACGAGCAGGUGGACUUCUACCUCCUGCCCCAGGACAGACCCCCGGUCAUCUUAUACGACCGGUUCCAGAACAUCGACCCAGACACGGGGAUCCAGGAGCUGCGUCGCAUGCCGGCGCGGGACGCCGAUGUUUACCCCCCCAGCGUGGUGCAGGACGACCCCGGGGGCAUCCAGGGCUCGUGUCUCUACUACAGAGAGAGACGGGACAUAAACAGUCUCAUCAGGACAGAGACAAACACACCCCGAGUCACACUGCAGGAGGCAUACGCACAGUGGGGGGAGAAGCUGGUGAUGGUGGCGAGUCAGCAGGUGAGGAUCCGCGCUCUGAUUGGCUCUGAGGGAAACCCGGAGGUGAGACUGAGCGACCUGUCGUACUGCAUCUUAGAGAGACUGGGACGGGCGCGCUGGCAGGGAGAGCUACAGAAAGACCUGCAGAGCAUCGCGUCCAAACUGGACUCGGGGAAGAUCCACUACCUGCGUAAGUCUCUGGAUAAGAACGGCCUCAUCACCAUGCAGUCGCACGUCAUACGCCUGCCCACCGGGGGGCAGCAACACUCCAUCCUGCUGCUGCUUAAACGCUUCCACGUCGACAGGCGGAGUAAAUACGACAUCCUGAUGGAGUUAACGUCCAACCUGCUGUCUGAGCUUCCCAACAACAUCGGCAUCAUGAUCAAACUGAGGGACCAGCUGCACAUCUGUGAGCGAACGUUUAAGAAGAUGUUUCAGUACAUGCAGGCGGCUAAGAUGGUGAGCAUCGUGACCCUCCCACUGCAGGAGUUAAACCCAGAGGCAGGACCCUGCAAGACCAAGAGGGGGACGGACGUCCGCGUUCGCUGUCUGAAACUUUUGAAGCCGUAUAAAAGACACCACGUAGAUGAUGAUGAGGAUGAUGAGAAUAACGAUGAAGAAGGGGACGUCCCUGUUAAGUGGAGUGGACAGGCGCAGGCUCGUGAUGUCGAGAGAGAUCUCCUGUCUCAGGCCUACGACAUCGUGGUGACGACAGGAUCUAGGGGUAUUUCCAAGACGGCGUUAAGGGAGCGACUGAACAUCGGCAAACUGGAGAGUCGCAUGGUGUGUAGGGUUCUGGAAAGAAACCAGAUGAUUAAGGGUUUUAUGGAAGAUGAGGGACGACAGCGUACGACGAAGUACAUCAGUAAACUUUUUGUAGAGAAAAGUAAACUUAACCUGGACUUCACUAAAGAGAAAGAACGCAGUGAGAAACUCAGAGCACCACAGAAGGACACGCCCACCCACGUGCCAGAGGACACGCCCGCACCCGCGUCGGAUACUAAGAUAGAACCUGAGGAGGAGGAGGAGAGAGCAGGGGUUCCUGUGAAAGAGCGGAAGUCAAAGGGCAAAGCUGGCAGGAAGUCCAAAUCUGUGUCCAAGAGACAGAAGAAAGUGCCAGCGUCUCCACUGAGACAUUCCACACCCCUCAGGAAGAAGCAGCCUGGUCUCUGUAGAGAGAAGGGGACGUCCUCUCAGGGAGACGAGCUCAGUCAGGUGGAGGAAGGACACGAAUCACUCGUGGACCAGGACGCCACUGCUGACCACACCCCCAGCAUCAUCAACGACCAAUCGCAGCAAGGCGAGGAGAGCGUGAUGGUGGUGGAGGAGUUCGGGACGAAGCCUGAGCCGAGUCCUUCAGGAAAGAAGAAAUUGGGAUCACAACAGACGUAUCGUCUACUCAAGAGGAAGAACAUCAUUAUAGAGGCUGUACGCAACCUGAAGGUCAUCGAGGGGCUUUACACGCUGCAGAAGAAGCUGAUGGACGAGGAGAGACAGGAGGGUGUGAACACUAAAGUGUGUAAGAAGAGCAUCCUGAGGCUGAUCCGCACUCUCUACAGGGAAGGGUUCGUCAAAAUGUACAGAACCACUGUGAUACAGGACGGAGUUACCAAGAAGGUGGAGUUUGUCGUUCAUCCGUCCAUCUCUCCAGAUCACCCGCUAGUAAGAAGUUCUAUCGAGCAGGUCCGGUUCAAGAUUUCUGGUUCCUACACUGUGCACCGGCUGAAAAACGAGGAGGAGAAGGCGAAGGCUGACUCUCAGGACGCGAGUAAAGGAAAGGCUGACGUUCUCAGGUUUCAGGGAAAGAUGGAGGAGAAGAUGGGAGUGAAGGAGCUGAAGGACUUCAAGCCCACCAUCGUCCCGGGACUGAGUCGCUCUCUGGGUUAUCAGCCGAAGAUGCCCCGGUUACGUAUGGUCCAGACGUUCCUCUGGUACCUGAUCUACGGUCACCCUCUAAACACAUCUCACCCUAGUGACCCCAACACCUCCAGCGUGACCCCUGACCCGGAGGUCGUGAAGGACAACCCUCAGUCUCCCGGCACAGCGGUGGAGCAGGAGGGUGCAGACACGACACCCGAGCACGAGCAGUUCAGAGUGUACACUAACGAGUUGAGCUGGAAGCGCUUUGUUCCUCCGCUGCCGUUACACGGCGAGUUUGGUUACGGUUGGGCUUUAACCAGUGAUGUGCUGAUCUCUCUUCCUCUCAGUGUGUAUGUGCAGAUCAUCCAGAUCAGCUUCAAGGUGGAUGGUUUAGAGGAGUUUCUGAAUGACCCAGUGAAGCAGCAUUACCUCAUUAGGUUCCUCCCAUCUAGCAUCAAAACAUGCCUACUGCACCGACGGAAGUACUUCUUCAGUUUCUUUGAGAACUUACAGAAGCUGUGCUACAUGGGCCUGCUGCAGUUCGGGCCUACUGAGAAGUUCAUGGACAAGGAUCAGUGUUUUUUUUUCCUGAAGAGACACGCGACCAUCGUGGACACGUCGAUGUGUGAGCCGCACUAUAACCUGGCUAUAGAGACACGCCCGUUUGAGAGACGUCACUACUCCUUUAACUCACUGCAGGAUGUAGAGAACUACUGGUUCGAUCUGAUGUGUGUGUGUCUCAACACUCCACUAGGUGUGAUCCGUCCUCGUGGUCGCCAUGGCGAGGGCGAUGCAGAGAGCCAGGAGGCGGAGCCUGACACCGCAGUGGGAGCGGCGCGUUACGAAAGUCUGCAGUACACACUGAAAGGGAGCAGUGAGGUCGUAGACGAUGGUGUGACCCCGGGUGACGGGCAGGGGGCGGGGGGAUUAGACUCCUCCUUUUUCAGUCACCUGAAACGUAACUGGCUCUGGACCACGUACCUGCUCAGUAAACCACGGAAGCCUGGAGACACUCAGGCUGUGCGUCUAAGAAACCUGCUGUCCAAUCACAUGUUCUCCAAGUCUGGGUGUACAGUGUUUCAGGGCGUUGGUCCCCCUGCUGUUCUGGACGAGGAGGUGCAGGUCGGAGUGGAGCCGAGCUCGAGGAACCAACAGGUGCGUGGAGGAAAGAGACAGAAACGCAAGAGACUGAAGAAGGACGUGGUCAAGCCUCCGAAAAAAAGAAGGAAAGUGAGGAGGCAGCGUGUGUGUCACGAUGAGACGGAUCGUAAAGCGAUGAUGAGGAUGACGAGACAGAGAGUGCUGUGGACACACCUGGAGGACAGCAUCCUAAUGUUGUGUAGAGUCGCCAGUCACUUCCUCAACCGCAAGAUUCAGAAGCCGUUUGUGGGGUGGAACGUGGUACGUGAUAUCCUACACAGAGAUCUGGAGCUGUCUCUGGAUAAAACCACUCUAGCAGUGAGUCGACGUUCUCGCUACAUCAUGAAGAACCCACAGACCCACCUCAACUACAGGACCUGUCUGGCUGAAGUGUAUCAGGAUAAAACUUUAGUUGAGGAGUUCAUGAACAGAACCAACGACUACACAGAUCCAGCGGUGUGUGCUGAGGAGUUUAAUGAGUUUGUGAGCGCUCUCAGGACGAAGUUCAGCUCCAGCUGUGGCUCUAGUAAGGUCGUGCUUCCAGACACCAAAGAGGAGCUUUUUAAGAAGUUUAAAGUUUACACCAUUGGGGAAGAAAUAGUGCGGUCCAAGGAUGUCCUGAACAGUGUGGAGGACAUUCACAGUCUGGUCCUGAACAACCUGAUCCAGAGCACACUCGUCCUCUCCAACACACAGAUGAAGACCUGCCUGGCUUUUCAAUCGUUCUCUCUGUACAGUCAGUAUAAUCGGGAGGUGUUACAGCAGGUCUUCCUCAGCUGUAAGAAGCGAGGGCUGAUGAACCGUCGCCGUGCCAACAAGCUCCUGGGGCCUAAGAAGGGCCGAGCCAUCCCGUGUCUGCCCAUGUCCUAUCAGCUGUCUCAGCAGUACUACAGGUACUUCUCCUGGCGGUUCCCGAGCAUGCUCUAUAACGACGUGUUUAAUCUCCUGGAGGCUCUGGGUCGGAGAGGACGAGUGGACCGACCCAACACCUUCUCCUUCCAGAGAGAGACGGUGAGGGAGAGCGAAGAAGGAGAAGAAGGAGUGGAGAUUUUGGACGAGUGUCUGACGGCCCCUGGUGACGUGGAGGACAUGCUGGAGUUCCCCAUGGACUCUCCUGGAGGAGCGACGGCGUGCUGCCUGACCUUACUGACCCUGGGCCUGCUGAGCGUCGACGUCUCCAUACCGCAGCAGAUCGUAGUGGUGGACAGCACGCUGGUGGACAACGAGGUGGUCAAGAGCUUCACUAAGGAGCUGGAUGAGGAGGAGGAGGAUGAGGGCGGAGCCCGGAUGGAGGUGAAGGCUCACCAGGCGUCUCACACUAACUACCUCCUGAUGAAGGGAUUCUUCGUCCCAGGAAUCAUCAGUCUGAGGAACAUCACGUCCACUGAACACAUCGCAGUCAACGCCUGCAGCCUGCGCAUACGCCUGCGCAGCACACACACACACAGCAUGUUCACACAGAGAGACUACACUGCGUCCCCCCCUCCCUCUCUCCCCUCCUCCCUCUCUCACGUGUUUGAUAAGCAGCAGGUGAGUGGGCGGGACUUCCUGGAAGAGCGCGUGUCCGUUUUGGGUUACACCCGUGAGGACGUGGAGGCGGUGCAGGAGGUAAUAAGUGCCGUGGAAACGGGGGCGGAGUUUGGUAUGGACCUGCUGGACUUGUACAGGAAGUGCAAACACCUGGAACAUGUGGAUAAGGGGCGGAGCAAAACACUGCAGCAGUACAUCCAGGAUCUGUUGGACUGUAGGAGGGUGUUGGAGGUGGGCGGGUCCUCACUGCGCCUGGUCUGCGUGGACCUCGCUGCUCCGUGGCUGCUGCACUGCCCCAAAGUGACUAAAGAUCCCUGGCCCCUUUCACUCUGCGCCCCGCCCACCGCUGAUGUCAUCUCGGACGCCCCGCCCCCGUCCAGACGUCUGCCUGCUUCAGACACGCCUCCACUGAAGAGACCGUUAGAUGGGGCGGACGACGAUGCUGACCUUGUCCCUCCCGUCAAGAGAGCCAACAUGGAGAGCGUUGCUAUGGAGACGGGGGUGUCCGGUACAGAAGAGGGCGGGGUUAAGGCUCUCUCUCCAGAUCCACAUGUUUGUUUUGAAGAGGAAGUGACGCACAGUGAUGUGGUGACGGGUUCUCGUACCUGUGACGGUGUAGGACAGGAGGACAAUGUGACCAAGACAAACGGUGGAAAGGACAGCGAGGUCUCCGAGGAGGACGAGGUGUUGAGUUUUGUAGCUCGUCCGUGGCGUGUGGUGGACGGCUCUCUGAACAGCUCCGUGUGUAAGGGGAUGCUGGAGGCUCUGCUGUUACACAUCAUGACUCACCCCGGAGUCCCCGAACCUGCACUACUGCAGCACUACAGCGAAGUCCUGCAGCCUGUGGUCGUCCUGGAUCUGCUGAAGGUUCUAGAAGAGCUGGGGUGUGUAACAAAGCGCUUUACGAUGAACCGGCCCAAAGCGUCGCUGUUCUCUCACCCCGGCAUUCCAAAGGUCAGAGGUCGAGGAGAGGCGGGCGUGAUGGAGGAUGCGGUGGCGUUUUACGAGCCCACGGUGGACUGCAGUGUGAUCAUCUCUAAGCUCUUUCCUCAUGAGUCCUGCUGGAACAGAUGGGUGCAGCUAUGUGCACGCUGAACACACACACACACACACACUUUAUUUGUGUUUUUAUUUAAUUAUUAAAGCUAUUUGUAAUUUUCUGUAAAAUAAAUAGUUUUGUUUAUUUGUU